GGCGCCACACCGCGACGCGGCCACCACGCACGCAGGCGCAGCCGGGCGGACGGACGGACGCGGCCGCGCUACGGACAAAAGCCUCCCUCUCCUCUCCCCCCGGUCCAGCGAGCGAGAGACCGGCACCCAACGGGACCAGGCACGUCCGUGCGUUCCUCCUCAUGGUCUCCACGAACCCGCCGCCGCCGCCGGCGCUGUCCGACGCGGCGGCGGGCGACGACGCCAGCAAGAAGGUGCGGAAGCCCUACACCAUCACCAAGUCGCGCGAGAGCUGGACGGAGCAGGAGCACGACAAGUUCCUCGAGGCGCUGCAGCUCUUUGAUCGUGACUGGAAAAAGAUAGAAGCUUUUGUUGGUUCGAAGACUGUCAUCCAGAUAAGGAGCCAUGCACAGAAGUACUUUCUGAAGGUUCAGAAAAAUGGAACCAGCGAACAUGUCCCACCUCCGCGACCAAAGCGUAAAGCUGCUCACCCAUACCCUCAGAAGGCCUCCAAAAAUGAGCCAGGAUAUGCCUUGAAGACAGAUCCAUCUGCCAUGCUUAGAAACUCAGGAAUGAAUGUUGCUGUUUCUUCAUGGACCCACAAUUCUAUCCCACCAGUUGUCGCCUCAUCUUUCAUGAAAGAAGAUUUAGGUGCUGGGUCUAUGGGUCCAAACAUUUUUUGCUCAAGCAGUAGUGAAGGCCCUCCAAGGGCAUGGCAAUCUGGUGAAACCAAUGACCAGAUAAAUCAAGUUCCAUCACUCCGCAUUAUGCCAGAUUUUGCACAAGUAUACAGCUUCUUAGGCAGCGUUUUCGAUCCAAACACAAAGGGCCAUUUGCAGAAACUGAAGGAGAUGAAUCCAAUUGAUGUUGAAACGGCACUGUUGUUGAUGAGAAAUCUCUCCAUCAACUUGACUAGUCCUGAUUUUGAAGAUCAAGGUUUGCCCAAUUGCCAUGGUUUCUGCCUUUCUGAGGAAGUUGCUGUCUUCGUACAAUUCUACCUCUGAUGGGCUUGAACUAGGGAGCUCUAGAAGCUCACUUCUUACGGAUAGUGCAUUGAGCCUUUUUUGAUAGUUCAUGAUUAAAGGAAGAAGGUGCUGCCUAUAGUUUCAGUUCGAUCUCUGAAUAGGGGUUUUCCCUGGAGCACCCAUGAAGGCGCUUGCACCAUUGUAUUUCUAGCUAGCUUCGAACCGUAGAAUGUGUAAGGGUGCAACCAUGUACAGUAGGCUUCCAUAAGGUGAGAUCUGUCUAUAGCCUGAUGUGUAUAUAUCUUCGCCCCGAAGCGUGUAUCUUUCCUCCCCCGAUACCUUGGCGCGGAUGUUGCUUCAGUCAAGGCCUGAAAGUGCCGUUCUUAGUGAUGGUAAAUGGAAAGGAAAUUUUGAGUAAUGCUGAUUACUCCCUUUUCCCUCCAUUGAGUUCAGUCGGUGAUGUCGCUUUUGUUUCCGUGUCUGGCAAGAUACUGUCCCGUGUGACCAUGACAUAGCAUAAUACUCCAUCUGUUGUCUGUUGAGAAUUGCUUUCAGUUGAGGUUAUCACAAGCAAUUCAGUUGGGUGUUAUGAUAAACGCGGCUUAUUUUCUGCA